AUGCCUAACGGUCGCCGUAACAGCACUCCCCGUGCUAGGGACAGCCGUGGGCGCUUCGUUGCACGCGCCCAGCUUCCUCAAGUUUCGCUCGACCCCGGCGUCAUCGAAGUAAUUCGCAGCCAAAUCGAGCAGGUUAUCCUGCCGCCAAGGAGCCAGGGCGCUCCAUCCCCCGAAUCCGUGGUCUCCGACUCAGCGGCUGUCGCCAACACCGCUCAAGCCGUCAACCCAGCUCGCGCCACGCAAUCACUUUCUCCACAAACCACGGAGGCAGAGUCACUCGAAACCAUCGUCGCGAACUACACCUUCUACCCGAUCCUCGAGGAUGACGGCCAUGAGUACCACCUCAUCGGAACGGUUGAGGAACUCGCAGCUUACACCUGCAGCAUCUGGAACGACCCCGGACUUACGCACUGGCUUGCUCGCGGGCUGUACCGUGUCUGCAGGCUGUCGCUACCCAGGCUGAACGGGGACCCUGCACUGCACGAGCGGGUGUGGUUCAUGGCAGAGGCGCUGGGCGGGAUUCAUGCCCAUAGAAACAUUGCGACCACAAAUAGUACCAUCCAGACUCUGAAGACAAUCCUGCCACACCUGGACAUGGCGGCGGUCCAGUCAACCACAAACACCAUCAUCGAGGCGGACAUCAAUGAGGUCGCUAGGUUCGAUCCGGGCCGCGUUAUGGGCGCUCUCAACGACACCUGUGUUUGCGGUGAAGUCUUCAUGGGCACGCAGGCCUCGCUGGACGACUACGAGGCCAGGAUGUCUAGCGUUCAAGGUUUGUCCCUCCAUUGCAACAACAUGAUUUGUCGCACUUGCUUGAGGAACUGGAUGACCGAGGCGACGGUGGCGACUAACAACAGCUGCCCGUGGUGCCGCGUGCCGCUUGCGCCAAAUCGAGGGGACAGAGAGCCGGUUCUCAUUGAAGAAGAGGGCUGGCAUGAGAACGACGAAUGGGAGUUCUGA